AUGCCAUCCACCUACUCCCUCCUAUCCCUCUCCCUCCUCCUCGCCCCCACCGCCCUCGCAGCCAACACCAUCAAAUUCGUCAACCACUGCCCCUACCCCCUCUACUACUGGCUCGUCGGACCCGCCAACUACUCCGAGCAACACCUCAGCGGCGACGGAUACGGCAACCUCGUGCCCUCCCAUGGCGGCUCCGUCAUCCACGAGAUGCUCGACACGUCGCAGCUGGGCGGCGGCAUGACGCUCAAGAUACGGGAUCUGGAGUACUAUAACGUCCAGCCCGCUGGUAUCAUGCAGGUUGAGUAUAAUCUGGAACUGCAAAAGGGCGCGUUGUGGUAUGAUCUUAGUGCUAUUGAUUGUGUGCAUGGGGCUGGGGCUGAGGUUGGGGGGUAUUGUCCUUUCAUGGCUGGUGGGAUUAGCCUCAAUGUUGCUAAUGUACCCGCUGGUACCUGCAACAGCGCACGCUGCUCAAACUCAAAGUGCGAGGGCACGUAUAUGACUCAUGAGAGUUUCCUCGAUGAGCCGAGUUUCUGGUGCGGUGCCGGUGCUGAUUUGAUGGUUGAGACGUGUAUCGAAGGACCUGGCAUCCAGACGUUCUACGGUAAAGGUCCUAAUGGUCCUUUCCCUGAGCCUAUGUCUGCUCCUGAACUCACCAACACUCCCGAACCCGUCUCUUCCCCCGCUCCUUCGACUACUUCCACCAUGUCUCCUCACGCCACAUCUGAGCAGACUUCCGGACCAGCUUCUUAUCUCACUUCGUCUACUACUUCGACCAAUGCUCCCCACGCUACUCCUGAGCACACCCACGUACCCGCUCCAUUCCCAUCAUCCAACCUAACCAUCUCCACACUCGGCGAAUGCGGCCACCGAUCAAACGAAACCUGCGCCGGCUCCGCCCACGGCAUCUGCUGCAGCAACUACGGCUACUGCGGCAGCACAUGGGCCCACUGCAGCGGCAACUGCCAACAAACCCACGGCUUCUGCCUCCGCGGCGGCGAAAACGGAACUCAGAUGGCUAGAGUGAGUCCCAAAGCCGGGUUUGGCGAUCUGCCCAAGCCGAGCUAUACGGCAGCGCCGGGUAUGAUGAGGAUGAGGAGGCCGAGGGUGUAG